CAGAAACUUAAGCUUACUGGAGUAAUAGGCUUCAAUGGAAAAGUUCAAAAUGGAUUCUUAGUACACCCUGAUCGUCAACACUUUGUCUUUUCUUUGGGAAGCAAUGUUGUAAUUGAGAAUAUCGGUAAUAAAGAACAAUACUUUCUGCAAGGGCACACAAAUAAUGUAGUGUGUAUUGACAUUAACAAGACGGGGACAUUUAUAGCUUCUGGCCAGGUCACUUAUAUGGGUUACAAAGCGGCAAUAAUUGUCUGGAACUAUGAAACAAAAGAUAAAUACGCGGAGUUUGUGUUGCAUAAAGUUAAAGUUCAAGCCCUGAGCUUCUCACCAAAUUCAAGUUACUUGGCAAGUCUUGGAGGUCAAGAUGAUGGAAGUGUUGUCAUUUGGUCAAUACCUAAAAAAGAGGCUAUAUGUGGAAGUCCAGCUCAGCCCCAGAGCGCUGGAGUUACACUUGCGCUUGCUUACGCCAACACAUGUGAAAAUACAUUCAUAACAGCUGGGGAAAACACAGUGCGAGUAUGGAAUCUGGACCUAGAAAACCGAAAAAUCAGGCCAACUGACUGUACACUGGGGCAGAUUAAGCGUACCAUUCAGUGUUUAUCUGUGUCUCAUAAUGACAAAGUGUUUUUUGCAGGCACUACAACUGGGGAUGUUUUGGCAAUUAGCAUGCAGCACUACCUACUUCAAGUUUUAGCGCCAGAAAAAGAUGGUUUCAGUUUGGGUGUCACCACACUAAGAACACUAAGGGAAUCGAUGCUAUUAGUUGGAACAGGAGACGGUGUGAUACAAGAACUUUGUUACACUUUUAAAAAGGGGCUCAGACGUUGUCUUCCAACCCUUAUAAAAACCAAUAAAAUGAAAAAGUUGCUAGGCAACGUGACAGCUAUCAGUCUUCGUGGUGAAGGACAUCAAUUUUUUGUUACAACUGAUAAAUGUCAUCUUUAUCGAUUCAAUUAUGCAGACUUCAAUCAUGAACUUAUCAAUACAUGCCAUAAUGCAGCUGUCAAUGACAUCAGAUUUCCUUAUAACUGUUCUGAACUCUUUGCAACUUGUGCAUACCAAGAUAUUCGCGUAUUUAACAAAAACAAUCAACAAGAACUUUUACGUAUCAGUAUACCUAAUAUGACGUGUUAUUGCAUAGAUCUACUGCACGAUGGAACGGCUAUUAUUUCAGGAUGGGACGAUAGUAAAAUAAGGGCAUUCUAUCCAGAGACAGGCAGAUUAAUGUACACUGUACAGAAUGCGCAUAAAAAAGGCGUCACAGCUGUGUGCACCACGUCAACAUGCGAUCGAAUAAUCAGUGGCGGUGGAGAAGGUCAAGUACGCGUUUGGGAUAUUAAAGAAAUUCGUCCAUCAAACAAUCAUUUAUACGGAAAUCGGCAUAAGCGGACAACAGAUAAAGCCGCUGGUGAUGGUUCUGCGGGUAUACCGGAGUCGACAUUCGCCAGUGUUCUUGUCGCUGCAAUGUAUGAGCAUACAAAUGCGGUUUCAUGCAUUCAAAUUAGCAAAGAUGAUAAAUCGUGUGUUUCUGCCUCAGCAGACUCCACUUGUAUUAUUUGGUGUUUACAGACAUUCCGAAGAAAACAGAUAAUUUUUUCGAAUACUCUGUUCCGGUGUAUUUGUUAUCAUCCGACAGAGUGUCAAAUCAUCACUUCUGGAACAGAUAGAAAAAUAGGCUAUUGGGAAGUAUACGAUGGUUCAAUGAUACGACAGUUGGAUGGUUCACGAUCAGGUUCAAUUAAUGGGAUGGAUAUAACAUCUGACGGUGACACAUUUGUCACCGGUGGAAAUGAUAAACUUGUCAAGGUUUGGAAGUACAAUGAAGGAGAAGUGACACAUGUCGGCUUGGGGCAUACCUCACCAAUUACACGGUUACGUAUAUCCCCAGAUCAGAAACAUGUGAUCACAGUCAGUGAAGAUGGAGCAAUUUAUAUCUGGGAAAUGCCUCCUCCUCCGACGGCGACGACGACAACAACAACAACGACGGAGACAACAGCCGUCAGCUAG